AAUAGGUGUUUCCAUGAGUCCAUUGACAUAAAACCCGUUUGGACCAUCGAAUUUCCCGCGCAUCCAUCCAUCGCAAUCGGCAGCAAUAGUUUGAUAAUGCUCAACAACAAUUCCCCUACUAUCGACAUAGAUGGAGGCGAAAUGGCAAGUGAAGUUGACAGAGACGAAGAAGAAGCCGUUACCGAAUUACUCCGUGAUCGUUUCCGGUUAUGCACAAUCUCCAUUGCCCAAUCACAGGCAAAACAAUGCGCUAUGGAGGUUUCUCAACCCAUCAUCACCUGUAUUUCUGAUUUAGCCUUCAAGUUUGCAGAACAGCUAGCGAAGGACCUUGAAUUAUUUGCACAGCAUGCUGGUCGUAAGUCUGUAAACAUGGAAGAUGUUAUUGUUUCCGCACAUCGGAAUGAUCACCUGGCUGCCUCAUUGAGGUCCUUCAGCAAUGACCUAAAAGCAAAAGAGCCCAAUUUGGAGAGGAAGAGGAAGAAAAAUUCCAGAAGGGAAGAUAGAGUUGCUCGAGAGUUACUUCGUACUCCGGACACUUAGUUUAGAGGUGUGCCCAGUUUCACUAUGUGUCCAGUAGCCUAAUAGCUUGGAAAGGGCAACUUGGAAGCAGGGAGAGAAGAGUAUGAAGUGGAAGGAUAGGAAGAAUUUUUGGAUUUGAACUUCCAUGUCUCAUUAAUCUGGGACAAGCUCACAUAUUGGAGCUUGGAAUAGUAUUGGACAAUAUUGAUAUCAUGCUAGGCACAUAAUGUAGCUGCUGAGAAGCAUUCUCUGUACAUGAAUGUAGCACUUUUGCACAAAUAGAGUAUUUUCUGUAUAAGUAAUCAGUUUAUUAAAAAAAUUACUGUAUUAUACUUUUUUUAGUGAAGAUCGAAAUUGUAACCAGGCAA